AUCCUUUUCAGUUUCAAACCAAAAGGGAAACCCGGGAUUGCUCGGCUGUGGAAAUCACUGUUGCGUGUAUUGGAAGGGCAGACUUCUCUCUUCUUCUCAUCCUGAAAGUCAAACUCACCGAACAUGCAUCAACAUUUAACAAUCCUAAAAGAAAACAAAAGGCUGUAGAGAAAACAGCCCUAACCAAGUGCCCGGCAGCCCAUUUAGGGGCAAGGAGUGAGUGACUAUCUAUCUAGAGUGAGCUCGACUGCCAAGCAAGACACAUCUCACCUUAACCGCUCUACUUCAUCAGAAAUGUAUUUCUUCGUCGUUUUACGGACGUGGUAAUGAUUUUGCAUUGUCUCUAUCAAUCUGCAUUGGACUAAUUUUCUACAGACUUUCAUAAAAUUCACUAGACACCUUAUUGCAUCUCAGAUCAGGAUGGCAUCACUGAGCGCUUUCUAUUCGAGCUACGCGGCCGCCGCCCACCCUGGACAGUACCUUUUCGCUGCCUCGCCCGCAGCCCCGUAUUUCUACAGCUUCAGAGAUGGAGCGUUCUCGAGCCCCCUCCCAAUGAGUGCAGUGCCCCCUCUCCAGCGCCGAGAGGCACCCCAGAAGCCCCCGUACUCCUACAUUGCCCUCAUCGCUAUGGCCAUUCGAAACUCAGCCGACAAGAAAGUGACUCUGAAUGGCAUCUAUCAGUUCAUUAUGGAUCGAUUCCCUUAUUACCAUGACAACAAGCAAGGCUGGCAGAAUUCAAUCCGCCAUAAUCUCAGUCUCAAUGAUUGUUUCGUUAAGGUGGCACGAGAGAAAGGUAAACCGGGAAAGGGCAACUAUUGGACACUCGCACCCGAUUGCGAAGAUAUGUUCGAAAACGGCAACUUUCGACGUCGAAAGCGACGCCCCAAGGCUCCAAAUAAUCAGAUUAACACAUCUAAUGACGCAACUAAGCAGAGUGACAAUGAUAACGAGGAGGAGAGUGAACUCAGUAAAGAGUCUGGUGAUGCGAUCGAUCGAAACGUUGACAUUGUUAGUGAUGGGGAUGAUAAAUUUAUAGAAUCUGAUACCGAUUCGGUUGACGAAAGUGCUUUGAGGAGCUUAAAGGAGAGUGACAACGAGAAGCACAAUGAUGACGACGAAUAUGACAAUAAUGCUAACAUGAUCAAGAACGAACUAGUAGUCAUUGAUCGAAAUUUAGUGAAAUACGAGGACAGCGAUUCUCAAAUUUCCUCUGUUAAGAGCUCGGUUGGAGCCAACAGUGAUCGUCUUACAAACUUCUCUUCGAAACGCGAUCACGAUCUCGAUAAAUACUGCAGAGCAGAAGUGAGAAAACCAGUGUUCUCAAUUGACAAUAUUCUUGCUUCACGCAUGACUUCGAACGUCGACUCGAAAGUGAAGAACGUAAAUGGUCUAAAGCGGUGCCGAGAAGACAUGUUCGACUCGCACCAAGCUCGUAAUCAUAUCGACGAUGAACUAUUGAUCGCGAAGAGUCGCCGCAUGUCUUCCCCGUCACUCACAAAAGUUCAAGUAGGGCAAUACUACGAGAGGGAAAGAAUUGGGUCGCGAAAGUUAUCUUACGGAAUGGUGGAUGAUUGCUGUAGAAAAGUCGAGUCACCGCCAUCGCCCACGUCUCCACCAUCGUCUAGUGCCCUCUGGCAGUCGACUAUGCUACAGAAACUCGCUUCUCAGGCGACAUCGCACUGCUACACGUGCGCAGCAUCAACCGGUGUAUCAACAGCCUUACCCGUCAACAACCAACAUCAUCAUCCUGAUCAUCAUCCCCGUGAUCGUCUAGCCUCGUCUGACGAUGUCGCUGCAGCCCAUCCCGUCUAUCCAUCUCUCCUUCAUUCUUCCUUCCCGUGGGCAUUGAACUCGGGGGCGUUGUGUGGGUCUCAUCAACUUCCGACGUCGUCGACCUUACCGUUGAUGACGAUACCAUACGCAAUCAAACCGUGGCCGAUCGAGAAUCCCCGAUCAGCGAGGGAACGAGCUUAUCGAGUUUGAUUAUUAGACUGCACUCUUCUGAAAUAAUAGCCAUUGAAAAUAUUUUUAAAUAAAUUCAUAUUGAAAGGGACCAAAUACCAAGACUCCGGGGCCAAAACUCUUUUAUUCGCUAAUUACAAGUUACAAUAUGGCCAUCUCAUCAUGCUCAAUGUAAAUGUUUGAAAGUGAUUUUUGUAGAAAUGAAUUUUAGAAUUUUUAUGCUUUGAUCAUGUUUGAUGUUAAACUGUAUGGAGAAAUUUUAUUCUGAAUGAUUUUUGUUGUCUUAUUUUGUUAGCUUCCCAGUUAGGCAUCCUUUAUACUCUGUAAAAUAAACUGAACAACAAUUUCGACAAUCUGCUCCUAAUCAUUAUGAUUACGGUAAAUAUUAUAACAAAUUCUGUCUUUAAGAAUUCACUGAAUAUUUUGCAAUAUUUGUUUCUUUCUUUGAUGUGAAUAGCUAUUGUACAUUAUAUCAUGUAAAUAUUGUGUAAAAUGAAAUUUGUAGCUACGAAUAUUUAAUUCAACAAAAUACCAAAGCCUUACGAGUUAAAAAAAAGAAUCAGUUUAGUAUGUACAUGUGCAUUCUUUUUUUUAAUUGUGUAUAAUUUUUUUCUCUUUUCUCAAUCACAAGCGUGCCUAAAAACAAUUACGUCCUUACCUUAGAAGCUGCUUGUUCAUUAUCAUUUGUAUGAUCUUUAUGAUUUACAAUUGUCUUAAUAGUUUGAUUUACAAAUUUUAAUGAAUAUUUAUGCAACAUUCUUAAUUGCGUUGGGGGGAAUUUUAUUUCUUUGCACAUUUCCCACAGUUGGCAGGUCCGCUGACAUUUAUGAAAGUACUUGAUUUUUUUGUAGAAAUGCUGCGUUAUUUGAUAAAAUUCUCAUAUACUGUUUCAAUGUGAUACCUUAAAUCAGAAAAACAAACCGAGUGACUGUUACAUCGAAGUUUUAAAAAGUGAAUGUGUCUUUUUGGAUGUUACCUCAUGAAAAGACUUUAAAAAAAACGUUAUAGAAAUUGUUUGACACAUUAUUUUUUAGGUUGGAUAGAUUCUAAAAAUGGGGUUUAUCAUUUAAGUCUAAUAGAACUACAGUUCCUAGAUAUCUUAGCAGCUAAAAGUGAACAACAAUUAUUUUGAAGAAUAUUAUCAGUAGUGUUUGAAGAAAUCGAAAUCAAAUAGGUCGUCUGUCCCUCUCUACAUCGUUUUGCGAAGACUUUCAGAAAGUUUGUUAACCAUUACUGAAUAACCACAAUGAGUAAUACUACCUAAACCUCGAGCAUGUUAAGAGAAAGGACCAACAUCACAUUCUGACAUAAUCCAUUAUUAACGUAUUGCAAUUCCUGUUGUAUUGUUUUUCAUUUGCAUUUAUAUGGAAACUAUGACAUGGUAUCUUCAAAGUGUGUUUCUACCUCUCUUCUGCCUAUAAGAAAAAUUUUGUCGUUCUUGGAGACAGUUUACCUUAUUUUUCUCUGCUCAAUUACUGUUCAUACUUUUUAAUGAAUUAGCCAUGACGAAUCACUGAUCAAUCAUCAAAUCACAGACCCAUUCUGAUUUGAUUUUAUUAAGAAAGAACGGGUAGACGUUCAAAAAUAUCGUAUCUUUAAUCAUAGCCCCUUUAAUACAAAUGCUUGAUAGUCCUGCAUAUCACAUGACUGUCUUCUCAACUUUUGUUAUAAUCCAAUAUGUUUUCUUGCAUCAGUUUGUAUCUUCAUUUUUUUUCUUUCGCUUUACCAUACUACCUGCAGAAUUUCUAUGCAAUGUGUUAUGUCUAUAUACUUGUGAGUUCACGAUGGGGUAGGUUUUAUUCUGGCGCCUUACUGCUUACUUCUUAUAUUUUGCAAAAUGGCGAUUUUUGUAGAUGCAUUUUCUGGCAGCUGAACGCUUAUUGUAUGAUUCUAACAUAGGUAAUAAUAAAGUGAUCAACUGAUCAAUAGAAGAAUAUUAAAAAUUA